ACUGUUUACAUUCGAUUCUUUGCGUGAGUGCACGCCGCCCGGUAGUUUAAAUCAAUACGUUACUCGAUAUAUGAAUCAAUUUACGAUUCGAACUUUAAAUUUCUUGGUGAACUUUUUUAAGUGUCCAGAUUUUUUAAAAGCGCCCCUGCGGUUACAGGGUUAAUUUGCGAAUCUCGGGCAAUUGACUGUUAGAACUGAUUAUUUGUGAAUUUUCAUACUGUGAUUGUUAGAAUGUGAUGAGAAUUCAUUCAGUGAACAAUUGAGUUUAUCUUUAAAUUAUUUUCUUAGAUCAACAUAAAAGAUGGCGUCUGCUGUGUCUUACGCCAACGUUACUAUGGGAAACGGCUAUUCCGAAGCAGUCAGCGAACAUUUGAAGGGUAUAGGCAGACUGUUUUACAUACACUACCCCCAUGAAACAUUAUAUGAGAAGAAAGAAGAGGUUCCUAAUUUCUUUAAACAGUCAUGGCCGUACUUCUUCAUAUUUAUGAUUUUGGAGCACAUAGUUUUACGAUUAAAGGGCAGAAGGGGUAUUAGAUUGAACGAUGGAAUAACUAGUAUAUCUCAUGGAAUACUGCAGGAAUGUGGAAGGCUCGUAUGGCGAGGAGCAGAGUCUUAUUUGUACACAUGGAUAUAUGCGAAUUAUAGAUUAGUGGAAUUACCAUGGGACAAUACAUUCACGUGGUAUGCGGCAGCUUUAGGAGUAGACUUCUGUUACUACUGGAUGCACAGAGCUUGCCAUGAGGUCCACAUACUAUGGGCUCAGCAUCAAGUGCACCAUACUUCUGAGGACUUCAACAUGGGUGUCGGUAUCAGACAAUCGGUCCUGCAAGGCUGGUGUGGAUUCGUAUUCUACCUGCCGUUGGCGCUAGCGAUCCCGCCGGCACAGUUCGUGAUGCAUCAUCAAUUCAGCUACAUCUACAUGUUCUGGAUACACACGGAGGCCAUAAAAAGUUUAGGCCCUCUGGAGUACAUCCUGAAUACUCCGAGCCAUCACAGGGUCCAUCAUGGAAGCAACAAAUAUUGUCUGGACGUGAACUACGGCGGGGUCCUGAUCGUCUGGGACCGUCUGUUCGGUACGUUUAGACCUGAAUCGGAUAAGGUCGAAAUCGUAUACGGACUGAUCUACAACCAGCCAUCCUUCAAUCCCGUAUACUUACAAGGCUUCUACACAAGGUACGUGAUUGACAAGUUUAGAAGGUUCGACAAAUUUGGUGACAAGAUCAAAGCGGUCUUCUAUGGACCUAGCUGGGAGCCCGGCACCCCUAGAUUGGGAGACGAGAAUAUGAAGAUUGAUAUCCUUCCCCGAGAGAAAUAUGAUAUACAUCUACCUACAUGGUGCAAUAUAUACUUAGUGGCACACUAUACAAUUGUCUUAUACGGCUUCUUCGAGCUUGCAGCUAGAUAUAUGGGCAUGACCCCAGUAUCCGUGUUGAUAUUCGUUUUCUACAUCAUCGCGUGUCUCACGAUUAUUGGAAUGCUAUUCGACAACUCCAAGUACGCUCCCGUGCUCGAGGUCAUCAGGUGCUCGUUUCUCGCUUUCCUCACCAGAAGCCUCAUAGGCACCAGCCCGUUGGGAACCGCUUUGCAAAUCUUCUACGUAAUAUCUGCUAUGUUCUGGUGCCUUAACAUUUUGAAAUUAUUGGAAAUCAAGAGAACGCAGAAGGUUGAUUAGAUAAGAUAUAUUAGCCUCGUUUAGUCGCUGUAAUCUUAAAAAUAAUAUCAAUCACACAAGCAACAGCUUUCCGAAGACAUAAAGAAACAGACGUAUGUCUGUUUCUUUGUAAAUCUCAGACAAUAUACCUACGGAAAGUUGAUACAAUGUAUUAUAAAUGUUUGAAAUCUCCUUCCGCCACAUAUAACAAGUGACGCAUUUCAUUUUAAUUCAAUAUAAAUAACACAUACAGUAAAAAUAUGCUGCCAAAUUAGAAAUUAAAUAUUCUUAUAAGGAUGGCAUAUGUCUUUUAAGAUACCAUACAUUUUCGUCAUUGGUGAAACUUAGAAACUUAUUCUUAAACAUUAAAAGCACUGUCAAUUUUUAUUUUAAUUGUUUC